AGCUAAAAGAAAAAUGUUUCAAGCUUUUAGAUGAUCUUUUAGAACAAAACAAAAAUCACUUAAAGUGUACACUGGGGUUUAACGGCUUUGGACUGUAACAGCUGAACUGUGCUCCGCCCACUAAAGAUGGGAAUAGAGGGGGAGAUUGAUGAAAAUGGAGCUGGACCCCUACAAACUGAGCCACAAGAAGAGCAUUGUGUAGAAGAUGAGGACACUGUGGAAGAAAGCGAGAAUGGCAGAAGGAAAACUGGAUUGAGAUGUUACCAAGGAAACAGAGAGACCCCAGAUGAUGAGGCCAGUGAGCUGGGAGCUGCUGACUCUGUUCCUCAUGAGCCUGAGGGGUUUCUUAUGACACCCAUGCACUACUCCCUAUAUGAGCCCAUUGACAGUGAAUUUGAUGUGGAGCUGACAGCAGAGGUGAGAGUGGAGCAAGGCUCAUCGCUGGCUCUCUUAUCAUCCAUCAUCCCACACGUCGGCCGUGGAAAGACAGGUUCUUUCCCUGAUCGACCGUUCCCCUUACCCAGGUUGAAAAGGGACCCUCUCAACAGCAUCUGCCCCCCAAAUCUUCUCCUGCCUUGGGCUAAAGAUAAAACCCGAUCCCAAGGCCAGUUGCUGAAGACAUCUUUCAUUGUGAAAUCUCAGGGGGCAACAGAGACUGCCAAAAGCCCCCUACCCCCAUCACCUUCCACCUCCCCAUCCUCUCCAUCCUCUGCUCCUUCCUCUCCCUCUUCUUCUCCUUCAUCCUCAUCAUCGUCUCCCAGCGGCAUGGCAACAGGUUACCAUAAGGAUGAUGACAGAGGUCACACUGGAGGGAGUGACAUCAGCAAAGGAACCAGAGACAUGGUGUCAUCCACCUCCUCUUCACUGGCACCACCAUCUCACCCUGUGCCUGCUUCCUCAUCAAAUCCCUCAUUUCACCUCUCUUCCACAUCCCCCCACCUGGACAUGGAUGGACAAAUGGAGGGAGUUGAGAAGGAAAUAUAUGAUCCCUUUCAUCCCACUGAGGGGGAGGGAGAGAGAGAACAUGGGAAUACUGAGGAGGAUGAGGAAGAGGAAGGGGAGAAGUACGACCCAUUUGAGCCAACUGGCUCUCCAGCCUCUGAAAAAGAUGAGGAGAGAGAGGUUGACAGAGCAAGACAAGGAGGGAGUAAUAUCGGUAGCUUGGGCACUGAGAUAAAAGACUCAGAGGUGAAGGUGGUAACUGGACGUGAGGGUCCUCCUCCAGACUCGACAGAAGUUGUUAUCAGUCAACCUGAAACAGAUCAAGCGCCCUCACAGCCAAACAGAAGGAGGAUCUGCAGACACCGGAUCAGGGAGCGAGGGAAAGGAGUAAGGGAGAGGAGAGAGGUGGACUCAGACCACUCUGAGAUUGAAGAAGGAGAGAUUGUGGGGGCCAGUGAGAGAGGGAGGGAAAGGGGAGUGGAGAGGAGGAGGGAGGUGUUGCUUUCCUCUUCUGCUAGUCCCUCCUUCUUACAAGGGGUUGGUCCCAAACCAGAGAGGAUCCUCAGGGUCCUAGAGGGGGAUGGGUUUGUGUCAGUUCGAACAGAAGCGGAAUGGGACCGAGAGCCGGUUGGGCCUGUAGGCAUCGGAGAUCUGAGGAGAAAACUCACAAGCAGACGGAAAGAAAGAUUCAGGACUUGUCCAUCCUCAGCAUCCCUUUCUCCUCUUCCUGCUCCUCCCCCUGUUCUUCCUCAUCCUCCAUCAUCUCCUCCUGCUUCUCCACCUCUAUCCACUGAAAAGGAGAGAAGCCUUAAGUCCUCAAAGAGUUCAAAAGAGAGGGAAAGACGCAAAAGGAAAGAUGGGAAAAGUGGCGAUAAGGAGAAGAGAAAGAAGAGGAAAGAGAGAAAAGAAGGAGGUGGGAGCAGAGAGAGGAAAGGGAGAGACCGGGAGCGAAGGAGUGAACGGGAGGAGAAAGGGAAAGAUGAGGACAGAGGGAGGAGUAGCAGAAGUGACAGCCGUAAAAGAAAGAAAAGACGGCACAGGACUCCAGAACAAUCAUCACGCUCUCAUUCCCAGAGUACCUCGCUCCGACACACAAACAGUCGACGGUCGUGGUCUAGCCCCUCUGAGGACCGUCACAGAGACAGAGAUCGUGAACGAGAAAGAGAGAGAGAGAAAGAAAGAGAACGAGACAGAGAUCGAGAAAGGGAAAGAUACAGGGACAGGAGAAGAGAUGACCGGGAAAGAGAAAGAGAGAGGGAUUCCCAAAGGAAGGAUGGACGAAAGAGAAGUAGAGAUGAAGAGAGCAAAAGGUCUAGCAGUCGAGAGAGGAGUGCCGUGAAAAGGAGGCGAGGUAGUAGUGAGAGGAGGGACAGAGAGAAGGAGAGAGAACGAGACAGAGACAGGGAGAGAAGAAGAGAAGGUAGACCUGUCGUUCCUCCAUCUAUUCAGGACCUCAACGGGUCUGAUUUAUUUGCUAUCAAACGUACCAUCACUGUUACUACAACAACCACCACCACCACAGUGCCUGGCUCCCCAAGUCGGACCAAGCCAUCUUCCCGUAGUCCAACACAGGGCUCAGAUAAGCCCCGCAAGAGAAAGAGGAAACAUAGAAGACGGUCGGACGAAGAUGAGGAAGUAGAAGAAGAGGAACGCAGGAGCAGGUCUCGACCAUCCUCCCUUACGCCUCCCCGCUACCGGACUUACGAUUCGGACCGUUUUUCAGACCGUCCAGAGAUAGACUCACUGUCUUUGGAUGGGGAGGCAUUAGAUUCAGACUACCCCUCACUAGAAGACUCCCCUCUGCUCCCGCCCUCCCCUGAACCCCCUAUUCCAAGCCCCAAAACUAAAUCCACGACAACGAAGACCAGCCGGCAUCAUCUGAAGAAGAAAUCCAGAACCGGGAAGAAAGAGAGUCAGUCCGAGUCCAAUUCAUCUUCAUCUCUCAGAGCCAAAGUAAAGAGCAAGAGCCUUCUGCCUUCGCUGUCCCCGCCCAUUUCUGCCACCUCUGGCCACAACCCCUCCCUUCAGCCUGCAGCAUCUUCAUCUGCUACCAAACGAACACGCAAAGUAGGAAAAGCAAAAGACCGAGAGAAAGGGAAGAAGGAGUCUGGGCGAUCCGGAAAGUCAAAGAAACUUGGAAGCGGGAGCAGGAAGGGAAAGCUGCAGUCGAAAGUUUCGGUCUUGGUACGAGAGGGUGUGAGCAGCACCACUGGAUCUUCUGGAAAACUGGGCGUCGACCUGUUGGGACCAGGUGGAGUGGUGGGAGGGGCUUCCAGUGCUUCGGUGGUAGGUGGGUCUAUUGCUGUGGUGUUCCGUCGGGACAACGAGAGCCGGUCUCCGUUUCUGAAACCCUGUUCGGAACCACUGUCUUUGCCAGGCAGAGCAAAAGUCCUGGGCAAGUCUGGGAAGCAGCGAAGCACCCUUGCACCACCCUCUUCAACGAAUCCUGUGUCUCUGAAGUCCAAAAAAGCCAAGCCAAGUUCCAUCACCUCAACAUCUUCUUCGGCAUCAUCCCCUUCGUCAUCUUCAACAACCAAACGUAGGCGGAGGCCAGGGAAGAAACCCCGGGAGAAGGGUGUACCAGUGGGUGUGGCUGACACCAAAGGUGCCAACAGUAACUGCAGCUCGGUGGGUGGAAGCUGGAGUGGAGCAUCAGUUGACAGUCAGCCAGUUGGUGGAGUUGGACCGAAACCAUCUAGUCCUCCAUCAGUUCUCCCUGCUCCCACUCCUUCCUCCUCAUCUUCUUCCUCAUCCUCUUCCUCAUCGACCAGUGUUCUUCCACCAUCCUCAUCUCCUCCUCACACUCCUCCACUCUCUCUGCCUCCAUCUCGUGAUACCAGGGAAUCCUCCCCAGACUCCCAGACUGUUGACAGCAGUUGCAAAACCCCGGAACCCUCUUUUAUGAACGAGGAAUGUCCAGGCCAAUCGCAAACUACACCGCUUGCUCCCUCAAACCCACCACCUAGCCCCCCUGGACUACCAACCUCACAAGGGGCGGGUCCAAGCAUCUCCCAGUCCGCCCCCACCACUAAACCCCUCCCACCAGAUGAUCAGAAAGCAUCACCUCCUUGUUCUACUUCCUCAAGUGGAUCGGUGGCAGCAGCAGCAACUGCCUCCCUCUCUCACUCUGUCCCCGCUCCAUCACCAGAUCCUUCAUCAUCCACCUCUUCUUCAGUGUCCUCGUCUUCAGUCAACAAGCCACCACCGCCUCCUCCUCCACCCCCUGCUGCCCCACCCUUACCCUGGAGUCUGCAGACAGGAGUAGACUGCACUGCUGGAGGAGUUUUGGCUUUGACAGCUCUCCUGUUUAAGAUGGAAGAGGCAAAUAUCGCCAGUCGAGCCAAAGCGCAAGAGUUUAUCCAAGCCACCAGUCAGAUUCUCUCCCAGGCCAAUCAGAAUCAGUCACAGCCACACCCUUCUUCAUCAUCCUCCUCCUCCUUACAAGCCCCUCCCCCGCCAACACUUGCCCCAAGUUCAGGUCAAGCCCCAGCCCAGUUCAUCCUCCAUAGCUCUCUCCCACUGGUUGGUUGCACCAAAACUCCUCCCUCACAUCUUCAUCCGGGAAUCUCACUGGGUGGAGGAUGUGCACAGACUCCGCCUCCUCCUUUGACUGCAGGGUUGGCAGCAGGAACAGGGGGCUCCAGUGAGUCUGGCUGGGACAGUGAAAGUAAAGACUCUGAUAAGUAUUUGAAGAAACUGCACACCCAAGAGAGAGCAGUUGAGGAGGUGAAAUUGGCCAUAAAGCCAUAUUACCAGCGGAAAGACAUCAACAAAGACGAAUACAAGGAUAUCCUGAGGAAAGCUGUGCAUAAGAUUUGCCACAGCAGGACGGGAGAAAUAAAUCCAGUCAAAGUGAGUAACCUGGUGAAGCUUUAUGUUCAGAGGUACAAGUACUUCAGGAAGCAUGGUCGCAAGAUGGACGAGGAGGAGAAAGAAGAGAGAGAGUCGGCCCCACUGCAUUCCUCAACAUGAUUGGACAAGGACUGUUGUGCUUCACUCUUUGAUUGGUUUGACUGUUGAAGGACUCUCCUACCUUGCACGUGAUUGGGCCUUUUUAGGCUGUUGAGUGACAGUUUGUUUGUUUUAUAACCCCCUCCCAGCCCACCUCCCCUGACACGUCUGUAUUGAGAUCAUGAAAUUGUAUG